AUGUGCUGAUUUUACGAUACCGUAUUAGUUUGACAGAUGGCGGGAAAUUUUAAAGAAAAAGUAAAAGAACGUCACGAAAGAUAAAUGUCGUUUUUUGAGUCCCUUGACGUAGAUGACAGGAUAAAAGCGGCUGCAAAGAAAUUGAAAUUGAAUUCCUGUGAAUCUGUUCUUUAUCUGACCAGUCCUGUGGGUGCACUGUCAAUGCAAGAUGUCUCAGCACUUAAGAUAGCAGUUUCUAAACAUAUACUGAAUAAACCACACAAAACUGCGUUACAGUUAACUGAGGACCUGAAAGCUGCAGGAAAAUGUCGGCUAACAACUGGCUGUGUGGUGCUGGAUCAAGCCCUUAGGGGUGGUAUCUUACCUGAGGGAAUUACAGAGAUAUCUGGGGAGAGUGCUAGUGGAAAAACACAGUUUGCUCUUCAACUUAGCCUAACAGCUCAACUACCUAAAGAAUAUGGUGGACUUGAUAAUGGAACUCUGUAUAUCUGCACUGAAGAUGCUUUUCCAAGUAAACGGUUGUAUCAGAUGAUUGAGAACUUCACCAGUCAUACAUGUAUUAUUAAUUGACUGCUAUAGGAAGGUUUAAUGGAGUGUUUGGAGAAAAAGGCGGACUUGUUGCUGAAAUCUGCCUCAGUCAAGCUUAUAGUACUAGAUUCAGUGGCAGCACAUUUCAGAAGUGAUUAUGAAGGUCACGAGAUGUACAAGAGAGCUCAGCAUAUCAGUUCUGUUGGCUCUCUUCUCUACAAGUAUACUCACCUGUAUCAUAUACCUGUUGUCUGUAUUAAUCAGGUGACCAGUUCAAUGAAUCCAGAAGGGAGACAACUCAUACCAUCUUUAGGAUUGACCUGGUCGAAUCAUGUGACGACGCGAAUCAUGCUAGCUCGUACCCAGCGUACCGUAGUGAUUCAGCAAGACAGUGCGAGGGGUCGCCUAGAAACUGUUGUUAGGGAGAUGGAGAUAGUGUUUGCACCUAAUCUACCGUCAAUGACUGUACCUUAUAUUAUAGAUCAUGAAGGAAUGAAAGGGUUUAGAUAGCAUUAAAAAUCAACGCUUGUUUAUUCUUUACAAUAAUA